CUUGAGCAUUUAGUUCGGUUCAGUUCGUUUUAAGAUCAGUGUUUUGUGAUUUUGAAAGAGAACCGCCCAUCUGCUCGAGUUGAGUGAGUUGUUGUGAGUGAGAGUGGGCAGUACAGACCUCUGGAGAGACCCGACCACAGCCGGCAAGGCGCGGUGUUCAGAAGAGUUGGUAUUUGAGAGUUGGUAACUCUAGACAAGGACUGGUAGGGUUGACGAGAGGACGCGGGGCAGGCAUGGGUUGCAGACACAGCAAGGUGCGUGGCAGAAUUUGCAAGAAAAAGAGGAAAAGCAAAGUGAAAGAGGAAGAGAAAACGGUGAAGGAGGUCAACAACCAUCAAGAUGGAGGAGGUAAAGUCCCUCUGGAGGAGCUGAACGUGGGUCUAGAAACAGAGAAGCAGCCGGGUCAGUAUGCGUGGCAGCUGAAGAUCCUACGGGAGGUGCUGUCUGCCUCUGGGACCCAGGAGAGGGAGGAGCUACUAAAAGAGACAACCCAAGGAGAGCUCUGUGCCCUGGUCCACAACAUCACUGAGAAGGUGAAGACAGAGACGGCUGCUGACCUGACUGUUCUCCAUGGGGAGGCGAGCCAGAGGACCACAGAGCAGCACGAGAGACAGCUGGAAGAACUGCAGGGGAUUCACAGUGAAGAGACGACACGGCUAACAGCCACCCACCAGGCAGCUGAGAAAGUGUUGAAGGACGAGGUAGAGGUGCUGACUGCAGAGCUCCAUGUGUACAACGAGUUAAAGAAGAGAGUUGAGGAGUCUACCUUCAAGAAGGACCUGCAGCGGAACAUUCAGGCCCAUGGCAGUCCUGGGCCGUUCUGGGAGCGGGAGCAGGAGAGUCUGCUGUUUGUCAUUGAAAUGAAGCGUGAGCGUAUUCAGGAGCAGGGGAACAAACUGCUCCAGAUGCAGGCUCUGGUGGAGAAGAAUCUCUCUCUAGAAGACCAGGUCAUAAAUGUUCUACAGCAGAAUGAGGACCUGAGGGUUCGGAUUGACAACCAUCAAAGCCUUGUACAGCAGCUCUCCAAGGAGCACCAGGACCUCCAGGGGGCGUUAGACAGGCAGACAGGUCUCAGUCAGAGGCUCACCCAGGAGAAAGAGCAACUCAUGUUUAAACUGAAGCACAGAGACUCCUGUCCUACCUUCCCUUCCUUCCCCAUAGUGUCUGAGGUCUCCCCCAGCUGAUCCACCCACACCGAACAGGACAAUCAUUUACCUCUGUCUUAAUCCUGUCUAGGGUUGCAAUCAUGGAGCCUGAAUCCGGUAACUUUCCCAAAAUUCUAAAAGUAGUAGUUUCAGAAAUCCCUGCUUGGAGGAUUCCAAGAAUCAGGAAGGAAUACGUAAGGAGGGAUCCCUCCAACCUGAAACUCUUCAAGUGGGAUUUCUGAAAAAGCAGAGGAUUUUGGGAACGUUUCGGGACUUUUGCAACCCUAAUCCUACUUUGACAACCAAAGUCCAGUUACCUCUACAAAGGCCUAUAGUCACAUGUUUGAUGGAACCUGAUGCCAAAUAAUGUUUAAAAAAAUGUAGUCCAGUUUUAUACCUGCUGUGCCUUACAGUACAUAAUGUUUCUAUAGCAGUAUGGUGUUCAUACAACAGGACUGUUCUUUUUUUUUGUGGGGGGGGGGGGUUAAUUGGGCAUAGCCAUGCACUGUUGGACUUAACUGACACCUGCUGUUCAUCGGAGAUUCUUAUACAACUGACGUUCUCAUAGUUGUGUUACUCUUCAACAGAUAAUAUUAUAGGUGAAUGUGACCAGUGUUCACGUUGACGGUUUGAAUUGCAGUUGUAGACGCAGAUGUUCAAUCGUGUACUACAUAGCUAGUAGCUACAUCAUCUGUUUUAUCUACCUUCCUCCUGAGACACUAUUACAACGUCUAUCGAAAUGUGGUGUGAAGGUUUUACAUCACUGAAUAUGGAAUAAACGUUACAGAAUAUAAUGCAAGUGUAUAUACAAUUUAAACAGUUACUUUAGACAACUGCUUUUGUAUUGGGAUAUGUUUGUUACUUUUUUGUUUCAUACCAUAUGGGAAAUAGAUUGCAGAUGAGGACAAUUGGUAUUUUUGUGACUUGUUUUAAGUUACAAAGAUCCAAAAGCACUUCUCAGUGUUUUAAUUAGUAUUUCUUCUGAUGCACAAGCACUUUUAAUCAGUAUUUUACUAGUACUAAAUGUGAGAAAGGUUGCUGUAUUUUUGUUUUGUUUGUUACUCUUGUGUUUACUCCUGUGUUUUACAUUUUGUUUGUUUACAUUGAUUGACAUUUCAAUCAUUUAGCCGAUGUUCUUAUCCACAAAGGCAGCGGAUAGAUCUAGGAGGAUGAGAACAGAGGAGAGAGGGAGCGCUUGAGUCACAAUAAACAGCUGCAUCUGAACCACUGGA